CAGAAAAUCAACAAUAGCGUUUAUCGCCUCAAAAUGGACGACACUUACCCGGGAGCGCCAGUAUUCAAUAUCGAGCACUUGAAGCCGUACUUCAAGGGGAACUCGGACUUUGAGGAUCGUCGCGAGUAUCACGUCAGAUGGGUCGGCUAUGGCUGGGAACACGACACCUGGCAGACCGAGCGCGAUCUUCGCAACGCGCCAGAACGCGUCGCCGAGUACAAGCUAGAACACGGACUGUGA